AUGGUGGGUAGCGAGAGCUCCUGGAACGCUGUCGCCUCCUUCUGCGAAGAGGUGAUGGCGCUGAAGGAGGCGGCGGAACGUCGGCGGGAGGAGGACGCAGCCGCGGACCCUCUUCGCCGUCGUCGCGACGGGCGCAGGCAGCAGGCGCACACCCGCCAUCGCAUGAGUGUACUUGCAGCUGUAGGUAGAGAAGCGAUCGAGAACGGAGGUGUUGUCGCCGCUUGGCUCGGCCGCUCAUUUUAUACAAUUACAUCGGAUGCAGCGGUGGCAGAGGUGGUGCUGCGUCAGUGCUUGGAAAAGACAGCGGUGUCGGACAUCCUACGCCACCUCUGUGGGAACGGCACGGUCAGUGCGCCCGUGACCAUUUGGCGGUCGCGGCGCAAGCUGAUAACUCCGAUGUUCUCAACGAGGCAUCUCCGCGGCUUUUUCGCCACAUUCAGCAGAAAGAGCGCAGAGAUGUCAGACCGACUGCGGUUGGCGGCGGGCCGCGGCGUCAUCUCCAUUGCCAAGUAUCUCUCCACUUACACUUUGGAGUCUGUUUCUGAGUCGAUUUUGGGUGAGAGCAAUGAGAAGGAGCGCAGCGAGUUCCUAUACGCUUUCGAAGAGUACUGCCGCAUCGCCGUCUUGCGCAUGAGCAACCCGCUGCUGGCCGUAGAGGCGGUCUUCAAGCUGCACCCCGCAUACACCAGCUACUACAGGAGUAUUAGGGUCAUGUGGGAUUUUAUUGAUGAGAUAAUCAAUACCAAGAUAUCAUUGGACCAAAAUACAAACAGUGUGUUUGAAAAUAAGGAUAUAAAACAUCCGAAGUCAUUUAUGGAGUUGCUGAUGUAUGCGCCCGGUGCGGAGGGUGCGGAGGGUGCGGGAGGUUUAAGAGGUACGGGAGGUGCUCCCUCGGUCGCGGAGCUGCGCGAAGAGAUGCUGGUGCUAGCGUUGGCGGGUGGCGACACCAGCACUGUGGCCGCCUCGUUCGUAUGUUGUCUGCUGGCCCAGCAGCCACAAGUGCAGGAAAGACUGUACAAUGAGUUGUUGGAAGUGAUUGGAGAGAAGAGAGCUAUUGAGAUAGAAGACCUACCAAAGUUAAAGUACAUGGAGGCUGUUAUUAAUGAAUCUUUGAGGCUGUAUCCACCGGUUCCAAAUAUGUUAAGAAAAGUAUUGAAAGAUAUUACACUACCAUCAGGUGUAAAACUGAUGGAAGGUACCGGGGUAUGUAUAAAUGUGUGGUGCCUACACCGCAACCCUCACUACUGGGGUCCAGAUGCCGACGUCUUCAACCCGGACCGAUUUCUUGACAACGUAAAACAUCAUCCGCACGCUUUUAUUCCAUUCGGUUCAGGACCAAGAAAUUGUAUCGGAUACCGCUACGCCAUGAUGUCCAUGAAGACUGUGUUGGCAACGCUGCUAAGGAGCUACAAGUUCCUGCCGCCGCCGUCGUCGGGGGAUACUAAUAAAACAUUCUCGGUUAAAUUUGAUAUCAUGUUAAGAGAUUUGGGAGGAUUUAAACUUCAAUUAGAAUCCAGAAGUACAUCAAAUAUACACAAUAAAUACUAA